AUGUCAGCAUCAUCUGAUAAGAAUGAAGACGGAUGGGAGUCACAUGACUGAGAUUAUAUUAAACCUCACCCUGGAGAUCAUCUACCUGCUGACCGGAGAGGAUUUUACCAUUUUAAAAAAAUCUGGUGAGCGACUGACACCCAAUUUACAUCCCCAUGUUUCCAGAAGAUGGAGCAGAAACCAUGACAAGAAGAUUCUAGAAGUCACUCAGCAGAUCAUUGAGCUGCUGACGGGAGAGGUUCCUAUAAGGUGUCAGGAUGUCACUGUCUAUUUCUCCAUGGAGGAGUGGGAGUAUCUAGAAGGACACAAG